CUCACCAGCUCCACGAGCAGAGGAGCCGACACCCAACCCAGCACCAACGCGCUCCGAGCACACCAAGACAACAUGCGUCCAUCUCGGGACCUCCGGCUGUGCGUGCUCCUCCUCCUCUUCUCGGCCUCCAUCCUCCUCCCGACAGCCAGAGCCCAGCAGGAAACCGAGGAGGAGGAGGAGUUCAGCUACUCGCUGGACGCGGAGAACGGGCCGGCGCACUGGGGCAAGAUAAAGGAGGAGUGGUCUGCAUGCGGCAAGGGCAACAUGCAGUCGCCCAUCGACCUCGCCAGCCCGCGUGUCUCACUCGUGCGCGGCCUCGGCUACCUCAACCACACCUAUGUCCCCGCCAACGCCACCAUCGUCAACCGCGGCCACGACAUCAUGCUCAAGUUCGAGCGCGACGCCGGGAGCGUGUCGAUCGGCGGCACGCCCUACUUCCUCCGGCAGCUGCACUGGCACUCGCCCACCGAGCACAGCAUCAACGGCCGCCGGUACGACAUGGAGCUCCACAUGUUCCACGAGAGCGCCGAGGGCAAGGCCGCCGUCAUCGGCGUCUUCUACGAGAUCGGCGCCCACGACGCCUUCCUGCACAAGCUGGAGCCAUACCUGGAGAUGAUAGCGGAUCGGAAGGACAGGGAGGAGAAGAUGGGGAUGAUGGACCCGAGGGGCGCCAGGGGAAAGGCCAGCGUGUACUACCACUACGUGGGCUCUCUCACCACCCCACCCUGCACAGAAGGGGUCAUCUGGACCAUCGUCAAGAGGGUCCGCACCGUGUCGAGGCACCAGCUGGAGCUUCUCCGGGAGGCCGUCCACGAUGACAUGGAGAAGAACGCGAGGCCCCGUCAGGAGGUGAACAGCAGAGAUAUCAGCAUGUUCCGGCCUUUUGAGCAGAAUAAACAUUGAUUAUUCGCUAGGGUCGAUUAUCCACUUAAUUAGUUUGCUGUAACAGCUAUUGUAUAUGUACAUGGUUAUACCAAUUUUUGUAAUUCUUUCUACUCAUAUUACCAUAUUAGAUGCCUUGUGUCCGGUUACUGAAUAAUAAAGGAGCAAGUCCCGAUCA